AUGGCUAGCACCAGCAGCUCUGAAAAACACCCACUCGCAAUCGAGGCCGGGAGAAAUGACCCGGACAACGGCCACGAUGACGUGGUGACAAUCGAUGUCGACGGCACGCCGGUCAAGCUCGACAAGCUUGGGCCCAUGAUCAUCAACUCAGACGGCACCAUCUCGCGCAUCACGACAUGGACAGAGAUGAGCGAGAUCGAGCGCAACCGCGCUCUGCGGCUCAUGGUAAAGCGCAACCUUGUGCGCUUGAGGAAGCUCGACCGGGAGCACAAGAACGACGGCCAAGACCGCGUCAGCGCCCUCGAGGACGCGUAG